AUGCCGGUACCAAUGGAUAAUCCCGUGUUGGUGGAAUAUAUGCUACAGUAUCUCUAUGGUCUAGAUUACAUGGAGGAGCCUGGGGAAGACGACGACUUAUCUAAAUGGAGUAAAAAAAAGAGAAGUUCAAAAUUGCAGUCGAGGAGAAGAGAACAAUUAGAGGCUCAGCAAUGGCCUGAUAACUCAUUUGGGCCGUACGAAGAAGGACCGACUGCAAGUGAAGUUGAAUCAGACUAUUCCAAAGGAGUCUCUUCCGGCGGCAAUGCUGCAGUACAUGCACAGAUGUGUGCAAUCGCAGAUUUCUACGGUGUCCCUGAUCUGCAAAAGGUGGCGGCGCAUUUCCGAAGUGAUGCGGUACUUCGCGACAUUAUGGUGGACAAGAUCGCGACAGAUAACAAUUUGCUGGAUGAGCAGGAGGUAGAAGAGAUCCUCCAAAAGGACGGGGAGUUGGCCCUGGCGAUCGCGAAGCACAUGCGCUAA